GAUAGUAAUAGUACUAAACCAUAUGAUCAGAAGAAACUAGGAAACAGUAGUGAAAAUUCUCCUGGUGGUGGUGGUGGUGAUGAUUGUGAUAUUUUCAAUGGUCAAUGAUCGAAAACCGUAUUAUCUUCCGGGGUCUUGUCCUUACAUCCAAACUCAAGCUACCAAUUGUUAUAGUAAUGGAAGACCUGAUGUUGAGUACUUAAAAUGGCAAUGGCAGUGGCAAUCUCACCCGACAAAUGCAGGGUGCAGAAAGAAUAUACCGAGCUUCCUCAAUGCAACUGAUUUCCUAGAGAGAUUGAGAGGAAAGAAAUUUGUUUUUGCAGGGGAUUCCUUGAAUAGGAACAUGUACAAGGCAAUUUCAGAUAAGAGCAGAAUUAUAAGCAGCGGAGGAGAUUUCACUAUUACAUACAAGGACUACAAUUGUACCAUAGCAUUUGCGUGGACUGCAUUUCUGGUAAACCAUCUCGGGGUAUUUACACCAGAAAAGGAGACCCUGAGAUUGGAUUUGAUUGAUGAGCCAUCAGCAUCUGGAUAUCGUGACGCUGAUAUUAUAGUUUUUGACGCAUGGCAUUGGUGGAAUUAUCAGAAAACUCAUGACGGAGGAGGGAAAUGGAACACAGGUGGAGGAUGCAACCUGGAGACGGAGCCAAUUCCGAGUAAACAUAUUAAGCUUACGUAUUAUCGAGCUGAUGCACACCCUUCCGUGUAUGGAAAGAAUUACAAUGUACAGGAAAGAAUUAAAGCUCCUCAGGACUGCAGUCAUUGGUGCUUACCAGGUGUACCUGAUACAUGGAACGAGUUGUUGUAUGCUACACUUUUGAAGGCUGGUAAAGGAUCUUUUGGCAAUCAACCGUAA